UCCUGCGUCCCGAGCGUCCAUUCAGCGAAGAUGGCGAGCGGAGGAGUGUCGGUGGCUUCGCUGUGGACCGAAGUGAACCGCUGCGGGCAGAAUGGAGACUACACCAGAGCCCUGAAAGCUCUCUCUAAACUUUUGCACGAAAACAGGGACGACGUGACGGCCCUUCACUGUAAAGUAGUCUGCCUUGUUCAGAAUGGGAGCUUCAAAGAGGCGCUGAAUGUCAUGAACACCCAUUCUAAAGUGCUCGGCAGUGAGGUUGUGUUUGAGAAGGCAUACUGCGAGUAUCGGCUGAACAGGGUGGAAAGUUCUCUGAAGACCAUUGAAGGUGCUCCUGAGCAGACAGACAAGCUGAAGGAGCUCUACGGUCAAGUGUUAUAUAGACUAGAGCGCUACGAUGAGUGCAAGUCCGUCUACACAGACCUGAUCAGGAACUCCCAGGACGAGUACGAGGAGGAGAGGAAGACGAACCUGGCUGCUGUGGUGUCUGCAAUGAGUCAGUGGGAGAAGGCUCCAAUGGAAGAUCUGGGUCUCCCCGAGUCCACGUACGAGCUCUGUUAUAACGCUGCCUGUGCUCUGAUUGGCCAAGGACAGCUCACAGAGGCCCUCAAUAAACUACGGCAAGCAGAGGAGCUUUGCAGAGUCUCACUGGCUGAUGAUUCGGAUGUGACCGAGGAGGACAUCGAGUCGGAGCUGGCUGUCAUCCACUCACAGAUGGCGUACAUCAUGCAGCUACAGGGUCGGACAGACGAGGCUCUGCAGCUCUACAACCAGGUCAUCAAGCUCAAGCCGUCUGAUGUGGGGCUGCUGGCUGUGACCGCCAACAAUAUCAUCACAAUAAACAAGGACCAAAAUGUGUUCGACUCAAAGAAAAAGGUGAAGCUGACGAGUGCUGAGGGCGUUGAAUACAAGCUGGCCAAGAAGCAGCUGCAAGCCAUCGACUUCAACAAAGCCCUGCUGGCCAUGUACACGAACCAGGCUGACCAGUGCAGGAAACUGUCGUCCAGUCUUCAGUCUCAGAACCCAGGUCACCCUCGGCCGGUCCUGAUCCAGGUGGCUCAACUGUGCAGGGAGAAGCAGCACAGCAGGGCCAUCGAGCUGCUCCAGCAAUUCUCAGAUCAAAAUCCAGAGAGUGCAUCUGGCAUCAAACUGACAAUGGCACAACUCUACUUAGUACAAGGUCAUGUAACAAAAGCCUGUGAUGUUCUACGGUCCAUUGAAGAGUUCAAGCACAAGCCAGGGAUGGUCUCAGCUCUGGUAACGAUGUACUCCCACGAAGAAGACAUCGACAGCGCCAUCGAUAUUUUCAAACAAGCUAUCGAGCAUUACCAGUCUGAACAGCCAGGGUCUGCUGCACACCUGGCUCUUGUACGAGAAGCUGCCAAUUUCAAACUGAAGUACGGACGGAAAAAAGAAGCCAUUAGUGAUCUGGAGCAACUGUGGAAACAAAACACCAAUGACGUCCACACACUGGCACAGCUCAUCUCAGCCUACUCUCUGGUGGACACGGACAAAGCCAAAUCCCUCAGCAAACACCUACCGUCUGCAGACACCAUGUCCUUCAAUGUGGACGUGGACGAGCUGGAGAACUCCCACGGGGCCACAUACGUCAGGAAAAAAGCUGCUAAAGUUGUAGGAGAAAGCCUCCCCAAAGAGCAAGGCCAAGGCGAAAUCAAGAAGAAGAAGAAGAAAAAGAAAGGAAAACUGCCCAAGAACUACGACCCCAAAGCGACCCCCGACCUCGAGAGGUGGCUUCCCAUGAGGGAGCGGUCCUACUACAGAGGCAAGAAGAAGGGCAAGAAGAAGGAGCAAAUUGGAAAAGGCACACAGGGAGCAACCGCAGGAGCUUCCGCUGAGCUGGACGCCAGUAAGACCGCCAGUAGCCCCCCUACCUCCCCGAGACCAGGCUCUGCGUCCGGCUCGUCGGCGGCCCCGGCCAGCGGCGUGGUGCCGCCACGGCAGCAGAAACCUGCAGCCUCGGGGGCCACCCGCAAGAAGGCACCACAGAAGAAGAAGAAGGGCGGCAAAGGAGGCUGGUAGUUGGAAGGAAACAACAUGUGAGGGAGAGUGGCUGAGAAAGCUUUUUGUUUCAGGUUCGGUUUUAUUUUGUCUUCUCUGUUCGGGUCAUUUUGCAAACACGUGAAACCAAAAUCUGCCCUUCGCUCUUCUACGCCAUUAAUUUGUGAUAUUUUAUGAAGUGCAGCAGAGAGAAUAUUUAAAGGACAGUUCCACCUAAAUAUGAGAACUUACUCUGCAGAAACAGUUUUUGCUUUUACAGAACUUUGAUGUAUUGAGGUCACAAUAAAAUGAACAAAAAUACUACAGAUACAACUCAUGAACACUUUUCCUUAAGUUUGCAGUGAAUGGAGUUCAUGGGAGCAUUUUUCUGCCACUAUGAGACAGUUUCACUGUAUUUUACACCGUCUGGAUCUGUAGAAGCAUAUGUCUACAAUACAUAUAUAAUUUCAAAUGACUUUGGUUCCGUGUUUGAAAUAAGUUCUUCACUAAUGUGGCUUCUGACGUUUUGAUCACUGUGUUUAAAUCCAGUGUCGUCUCAUUACUGCAUUUUUACAAUAUUAAUGAAUUACUUUAAAAAAAAAAAAUCUAUAGUCAGGAUUGCUUAAAAAAACUUUUGCAGAGUAACAUGAAGUUUCUAAUUUUGGGGGAAUUGUCCUUCAUAUUUCUAGAGUCUGAAUAUUCAUAUGUCAAACUCCGGCUUUCUGUGUCACGUUUCUUUAAUAUGUCCCUUUAUUUUCAAUCAGCUACAGUGAAGUAAGAGAUAUUUAUUUUUGAAUCCCUGUGUUUAAUUCCAGCAAAAGAGUUUUAAUUCUGUCAGAUGCAUGUUUUAGAAAGACACUAUUUUGGCCAAACAGGAGUCCCAUUUUGUUAAGUCUUAAUAAACCUCUGAACAGCGA